AUUAGACAAUGUAGCUCAAGAAUCACAAGUCAAAGAUCCAUUUAUUUCUCAACUUAUGGUAUAAAAAAUUCCCGACUCUGGGUUUUCGUCUUCGUCUUCGUCUUCGUCUUCAUCCCGUUUCUCGGGGGGAAAAAAUCUGAAUAUCUUUCGGAAUGGGAGAUUCUUUUGUGUGUUAGAGAGAGAUUGCUGUGUGAUCUUUCGCAUUAAUCAAUUAGAAGUUGAAAUUUUCUGAAUUGAUUUUUUAUUUGUUCUAAAUAAGGAAAAAAAAUGAGGAGAAACUUGAACACAUUUGAAGAUAAUGGCGAGAAGUAGUAGAUCGUCGUCGAGCACGUGGAGAUAUAUAAAUCCGGCGUAUUAUUUGAAGAGACCAAAACGAUUAGCGUUGCUGUUUAUAGUAUUCGUCUUCGGCACCUUAGUUGUUUGGGAUCGCCAGACUUUAGUACGCGAGCAUGAGGAAGAGUUAUCAAAGUUGAACGAAGAAGUUACUCGGUUGCAAAAUAAGCUUGGAGAGGUUAAGGAUGUUAAAAGUGUUACAUCGCAGGCAAAAACUAGUGGCAAAAGUAACAAUGCAAAAAGGAAAUCAAAUGUUUCUGAUGACCCAAUUGAUAUUGAGCGAAGGGAGAAAGUUAAAGAUGCUAUGAUUCAUGCCUGGAGUUCUUAUGAGAAAUAUGCUUGGGGUCAUGAUGAACUUCAGCCACAAACAAAGAAUGGUGUUGACAGCUUUGGUGGUCUUGGAGCAACUUUAAUUGAUUCUCUUGACACGCUGUAUAUAAUGGGACUGGAUGAGCAGUUCCAAAGGGCUAGAGAGUAAGUCUAUUGUUCUUUUUGUUUGGUGC